UGCAGGGUUCUGUGGACUUUAUAAGUCGUCUGCACCACUGGGGACCAUGGGAGGCAGCAUCAGGAACGCAACCCUCUUUGCCCUCCUCUGCCUCGCGCUGUGUCGGGGCCUGUGGAACCAGGUGCAGGCAGGACCCCCCCCAAAACCCUCCAUCUGGGCUGACCCCGCCCCCAUGGUCACCAAGGGGAGCUCUGUGACCAUCUGGUGUCAGGGGUCUCUGCAGGCUGACGUCUACUAUCUGUAUAGAGAGGGUGUCUAUACAGCCACGGGCAAAAAGGACCUACAGGACUCCAGCAACAAGACCAGUUUCUCCAUCGAAUCUAUGAGCUCACAGACUGCAGGGCUGUAUCAGUGUGCAUAUCACAGCCACAGGAACAGGAACGGCUGGUCAGAGCGCAGUGACCCCCUGCGCCUGCUGGUGACAGGAGUCUACAGUGCGCCCUCCCUCUCAGCCCACCCAGGCCCUGUGGUGGCAUCAGGAGAGAAUGUGUCCCUCUUGUGUAGCUCAGAGUUCACAUCUGUCACUUUCCAUCUGCUGAAGGAGGGAGGAGCUGAUCCUCCCCGACACGUGGAAUCGAGGAGCCAUCAUUGGAGGGAGCCGGCUGUCUUCCCUGUGGACCCCGUGAACACCUCCCAUGGGGGAACCUACAGAUGCUAUUAUAAUCCCCACUUCUACCCAUAUGUGUGGUCACACCCCAGUGGCCCUCUGCAACUCGAGGUCACAGGUGUGUACAAGGAGCCCUCCCUCUCAGCCCAGCCUGGCUCGCUGGUGCUCUCUGGAGACAACCUGACCCUCCAGUGUCACUCAGAGGCCGGCUUUGACAGAUUCGCUCUUACCAGGGAUGAGGGGCUCACACCCCCUCAGAAUCUUCAUGGGCAGCACAGCAGCGACUUCCCCCUCGGCCAUGUGAGCCACACCCACGGGGGCCAGUACAGAUGCUAUGGUAGACACAACCUCUCCUAUGCAUGGUCGGCCCCCAGCGCACCCCUGGAGAUCCUGAUCGCAGGAAUGUACGAAAAACCCUCCCUCUCAGCCCAGCCAGGGCCCUCAGUGUCCUGGGGAGAGAACGUGACCCUGCAGUGUGGCUCUGAGAUCUGGAUGGAUACCUUCCAUCUGUCCAAGGAGGGGUCACCUGCUCCUCCCCAGCACCUUCAUCUGCAGGACACGGCCGCCCCCUUUCAGGCCAACUUCACCAUCGGUCCUCUGACCUCAGACCAUGAGGGGACCUACAGGUGCUACGGCUCAAACAGCACCUCCCCCUACCUGUUGUCACUCCCCAGUGACCCCCUGGAGCUCCGGGUCUCAGCCUCACAUUCCAAAGACUACACAGUAGAGAACCUCAUCCAGAUGGGCGUGGCUUGCAUGAUCCUGCUGAUCCUCGGGAUUCUGCUAUUUGAGGCUUGGCACAACCCAACAAGAUCCUAAUAUCAAGCCAGGAGGUACACACAAGAGAGAAUAAUGCACUGUUCGGAGCAGUAGAGUCUUGGAAAUAAAUUUUGUGUGCCCAGAAGGUUCUGGAAGAGCAUCUGGGGCUUAUGCUGUGUGAACUGUCUGCAGGUCAUUGUGAGAUGGAGGAAUCAUUGCUCAUGUGCAGGGACAAUGUUGAGAUUCUUCUGCCAUUUGACUGUGGAACAAUCCUUCCUGAUAACUGUUAAGUUAUGCUGACUGGCUCCUAUC